AUGGAUCCCUUUGAAGUGCGCAUGCAGUUCCUGACAUUAUUGCGACGGCUGAACGCCUCUCAGCAGUCGAUACAGAAAAUAGUUGGCUACGCUUUAAAAUACUUCAGCCGAUGCGGCGAUGACCUUUGGGAAUGCGUAUUUGAAGAAUGUCAGAAGGGCUCGCUCAAUAUGCGCAUCAACAUCUUAUAUCUGCUGGACAACCUGUGUGAAGCAUCACUGAUGCACCAACCUCAAAUAGCGGGGACUGGCACCUCUCCUCAAGGGCAGGCGAUGUCUUACGUAGAAUACGUUUCUCGAGACUUGAUGAGGAUAGUGGAAUUAGUUGUCCCUGACAAUCGCGACGGGCUCGUGAAUCUGAUGAGCACACGCCAGAUCUUGGACAGCUGGCGUUCCAAAAGACUCUUGGACCCUUCCGUGGUCGACGAUGUUGUCCAAACACUAGAUCGUCGAACACAAGGCCUUCAACUCGGUGUCCAAUCCGCUGAUAAGUCGGAAUUACAGACAUCCAGUAUUUCUAAGGAGGACAUCCUAAAACGCUUUGAAGAAGACCGUGAACGACAUAAAAUCUUAAGGCAAAAACGUUGGCAUGUUCCCGUUCCAUCCAAAACACAAACCCCCCAUCAAACCAACGCCAUUCUGCCACGACUAUCUUCCGCCCUCACCCUUCCGCCUUAUACACCAUCCUCCGCUGCUGUACCAACACCUGUACCAGAGUCCGCUCUAGACAUUGAGUUUGAAAAUGCGUGGGAGGCAACAUCCGACUGGAACGAAGACGACGAUGAAGCGUGCAACGAAGAGAACGUCCUAUGCUUCGGGCGUGACGGCCCACCAGGAGGUCCAAACCCACACGAAGGCCUAGACGUCUAUUCAGCCGCAGCCCCUUCAUCAUACCCUCCACCAUCUCUAGACCCACCACACCAACCCCGCCCAGCAUACUCGUCCUAUCCACACCCUCAUGAAACCGCCAACAACCGUCCCCCAACCCACAGCGCCACACCACCUCUCCGCACCUUCCCUAACAGCACCUCAGCCAUUUCAUCCGCACAAUCUAAUUCUGGAAUGGCGGUGUACCCGUACGAUCACGACGAAGAAGCCUCAUCAUACCCCAAUAGGAAUCAUUCGAACACAUCUCCAGGCUAUACGAGCCAAAGCAAUGGGCCGUCGUAUGGGUACUCAUCAACAAGCGAACCACCUUAUCCAUCUUCGUCAUCUUCCAGUGCCUACGCACAACCGGCACACCCAGCGCAAUCCUAUGGGAAUUAUCAAAAUCGGUCGAACUCCCCUUGGAUCCCGACUUAUCGUACUGGACUGCGAAACGGGAGUAGCUCUUAUCAGGGUCAUUCCCAAGCUGGUUAUGGAUCAAGUUCGCACAAUUGGAAAUCGAAUCGCGGUUAUUAACACCCCUCGUUAGUACGGUACAUUCUGUGUUGAACGAUAGUAGGGAAAUGGAAGAGAUGAGGGCAAGAGAUGAAUAGCUACAUUAUACGAGGAACAGACAGUAAUUAAGGGAAGGAGUCGCAAUAAGCAGGUCCAUGCGAAUAGGCCG